AUGCAGAGAGGAGACCUAGAGGACCAUGGGGGACCAAGAGCCAUGAGCAUGUCUGAUGGUAUGGCAGGGGCUGAGGAUGUCAGUCGGGUGGCCCAGCAAACAGGAAUGCAACAUACCUUGAAGAUGCCUGUUCCAGGGUUACUUGUUCUUGUCCUUGACCUAAAGCAGAUAAUGAACCACCCCCAAAUGUGUUUCAUGAUCAGUGAUGAAGGUAAAGUCUUGCUUAUGUACAUGAUUUGUUUGGGGCUGAGCCAUCCCCAGUCCAACUGCAAGCUGAUAUUUUCCUUUUGUGACAACCCCAACUUCUGGAAUACAGUCAUCGUGGAGGAGUACUACCAUGACAUAAUUGGUGUGAUGGCAUAUUGUUCCACUCCAGUCCACUGGUUCUGGAAUUAUGUAUGGGGAGCUCCCAGCCUCAGUCUGGACACCAGCAGCCUUAACUUCCUCAACUGGUUGUCAACCCACAACUUCCCAGCAUCAAUCAGGACUGCAAAG